AAAAUUAAAUGAUUGGUGAUAUUUUUAGAGAUUCGUCAAUUUCAUUGGAAUAUCUGGACAAUAUGAUAAAUUAUUAAAGAAAUUGUGAACUAGAAUUGAUAUUUAUUCAAUUUUCUCCUCGGGCCACUGCAUUAUGUCAUUUAAAGUAAUAUGGCGUCGUCGGAAAAUAGUGAUUUUCAAAAGCUUUUAGAAUAUAGAAUUUUCAAAUAUUCCAGUUAUUCAUCUACUUAUGUGCCUGAGAUGUUACUUGAAGAUGAUGAUGUUUUUUACAGAAACAUCAUUGUUGAUGAACCAUCGGAUCAAACAUCUCGUUGGUCAUCUGACAAUGACAACCAUCCUCAGUACCUCAUUCUUAAGUUGCAACAACCAGCAAUUGUUCAAACAAUUACUUUUGGCAAAUAUGAGAAAACACACGUUUGUAACAUUAAGAAAUUCAAAGUUUAUGGAGGUUUAGAGGAAGAAAAUAUGAUGGAACUUUUAGAAAGUGGAUUGAAAAAUGAUUCAACAUCAGAAACUUUUGAUCUUAAACAUGAAAUUGGAAGUAAAAGGAUUUAUUUUCCUAUUAGGUUUAUUAAAGUUCUUCCAUUACAAUCGUGGGGUCCUAGUUUUAAUUUCUCCAUUUGGCACGUUCGUCUGACUGGCAUUGAUGAUCCAUUGAUUGUUAAACCAAGCAUCGAAUGGGUUAAUUCGUACCGACAGAGAGAGAUAAUAAGACUGUGCAUGAAACAUUUUCGACGAUUCGAACAACAGGAAGUUGUUGAUACACUUCAACGUGUUACUGGUGUUCCUUUAGAAGAUCCACGUUUAUCAGUCUUGUACGAUUUAUUAGUAACAAAAGGAGAUCAUUUGCAGGCUGAGCGUUAUAUUACCAAUGCUGUGAGCACUGGUGUUAUGAACGAUUAUAUUAACGCUCAAUCGUAUCGGGCAGUUUGGACGAAAAUAGAAUCAAACGAUCCAAAACCAGGAAUGAGAGGUGGACAUCAAAUGGUAAUAGACUCAACAGCAGAGACUCUUUAUCUUUUUGGCGGUUGGGAUGGAAAUACUGAUCUUGCUGAUCUUUGGGCGUACGAUAUUCCCACUGAAAAAUGGAGAUUUAUUUGCAAGGACACAGGAGAAGUUGGAGGGCCAAAAGCUCGAUCCUGUCAUAAGAUGUGUCUAGAUCCAGAGCGACGGCAAAUUUUUACAUUAGGUAGAUAUUUGGAUACACAAUAUCGUUCUCCGGAUAAUUUAAAAAGUGAUUUUUACGUCUACAAUAUUGAGACAAACGAAUGGACACAAAUAUCAGAAGAUACAGGAGCACGUGGUGGACCGAAAUUAAUAUUCGAUCAUCAAAUGUCAAUGGACGUUGAUAAAAGAACUAUUUAUGUGUUUGGUGGUCGAGUUCUUGUUUCUCCAGCAAAUUCCGAUGAUCAGGAAGUAAUUACAAAUUCGACUGAACCUAUUUUUUCUGGAUUAUAUUCUUACCAUGUUCCAACUGAUACUUGGUCUAAACUAGCUUCCGAUAUUUCAAGACCUUGUCCCCUUACUACUUUAAAUAUCAAAUCCAGAGUUGGACAUUCCAUGUUGUUUCAUCCUGAAUCCAGAAAAUUGUACAUUUUUGCUGGUCAAAGAAGUAAAGAAUAUUUAAACGAUUUUUUCACUUAUGAAGUAGACACUGCACAAAUUGAGCAAAUUAUUGUGAGUGAUUUUGGUAAUCGUGAUUCUAAUCACGUUCCAGCUGCGGGUUUUACUCAGCGAGCGACAAUUGAUCCUGAAUUAGGAGAAAUUUAUAUCUUAUCCGGUUUAAGCAAAGAUAAAGAUAAAAGAGAUGACAAUGUUCAAAAUUCAUUUUGGGUUUAUAAUAUUAAGGAAAAUAAAUGGUCCUGCAUCUAUCGAAAUGAAAAUAAUGGAGAAAAAUAUUGGAGUAAAAUGCAGGAUUAUGAACCAUGUCCAAGAUUCGCUCAUCAAUUGGUCUAUGAUCAAGUGAAAAAGGUGCAUUAUUUGUUUGGAGGAAAUCCAAGACAUUCUUGUCUUCCUAAAUUGAGGCUCGAUGAUUUUUGGGUUUUAAAACUUUGUCGACCUUCUCAUGAUCAAGUUUUAAGGAACUGCAAAUUAAUUAUAAGAAAACAUAAGUUUGAAGAACUGGCUAUGAAGGAUACUAUUGAAGCACUUGAAUAUUUGCAAACUAAAGUCUCGGAGAUCAUUGAUCAUAAUGAUGAAGAUCAAUCCAAAGAGUUUCAAUUACUGGCGUCUAUUUUAUUCCGAGAGCAAUGUAUUCCUGAAGAUGAAACAAUAACUUCCGAUGACUCCUCUGUACAAUCUUAUUUGAGUACAAAUCCGGAUCAUAAUGCAGUAGCGCGUGGCAUUCAUGCACGUCGAACGGAUUUGUAUGAUAGACUUACGGAAUUUUUCCCAGAAGCUUUAACGCAACCCCGUGCUAAUCUUAUGGAUCUUUUGCCAUUAUGAUACCAUUGAAAUUGCUAAUGUGAUAAAUCAUAUAAAUCAAUGUCAGUCAAAACAAAACAGAAUACUCAUUUUUUGAUUUGUAUUGGUUGCAUUCAUUGAUAUAAUGUAAAUAAGGAUAUUUUUUUUUACUUAUCAGAUUUAAAAUGAUAUGAUGCUUUCGAGUGUGGGAAAAAGUUUUAUUGUGCAAUUCUACAUUGUAAAAGUCUUAUAUUUUUUUACUGUAAAUAAUCCUUAGUUUGAUAAAAGAUUUUUAUUAUAUUGUGACUGUAUAUUAUAUAGGUACAUAUAAUUUUAAAUUACA